AUGCCUAUCUUCAGGUCGUUGCAGCCACCGAUUGAGAUGCCAUGGCAUCUGCCGGUAUGGACCUGGCUUUUCGAUUCUGAAUAUAGUCCGAUGCGACACCAUAAACCUGAAGAUAUCCAGGGCUUCACUAAUGCGGUGACCAAAGAGCAUCUCAGUUAUGUCGACCUUAGACAGCACACCACCCACCUCUCCACCGCCCUCGUGAAAAACUACGGCCUUCUCCAGGGCCAGACCGUUGCUCUCUUCUCCCCUAACACCGUAUGGUACCCGUGCGCCAUGUUCGGCAUUUUGCGCGCCGGGGGGGUCGUGAGCGGUGCCUCGCCCGCAUACAACAUCGAGGAAAUGACCUACGCGUUGAAAACCGCCGAGGCCAAGUUCCUAUUCACAGUACCGAGUUCCAUGGAGGUGGCUGCCGCGGCGGCCAAGAAUGCGGGAAUCCCACAGAGUAGGGUGUUUUUGUUAGAGGGUCAGAUGGAAGGAUUCACAACGAUGAAGGACUUGCUUGAGAUGGGCCGCUCACACGGAGACCGAGGACAGAUUGAACAGUUCCGCCUCCCCCCUGGCAAGAAGAACAAGGACGUCUGUGGUUUCCUCUCCUUCAGCUCCGGGACGACGGGCUUGCCGAAAGCCGUCAUGAUCGCGCACUCGAAUGUGAUCGCUCAAUGUCUUCAAAUCAAACAGAUCUCGCCAGCCACUUUACGUCGCAUUCUUGCGGUAUUGCCGCUCUUCCACAUCACGGGUUUGGUGCACCAAAUGCACCUGCCCAUCCUCCUCAACGCCAACGUCUACAUGCUGCCAGCAUUCACCAUGGACAGCAUGCUACAAACCGUCCAAGACUACAAACUCGAAGAAAUGCUCCUGGUCCCGCCGAUUCUCAUCCGCUUGGUGCGCGACGAAAAGACCCUGUCAAAGUACGAUCUUAGCUCUCUGCGCCGCUUCAGCUCGGGCGCCGCUCCUUUGAGCGCAGAGAUCCUGGAACUCCUCAAAAAACGAUUCCCCGGGACGGGAUUCAAACAGGGCUAUGGCAUGACCGAGUCAUGUUCGUGCAUUACUGCCCAUCCGCCCGAGAAAUAUGACUAUAAAUACGCCUUCCGGGUAGGCACGAUCGUCGCGUCCACGGAGGUGAAGAUCGUUGAUCCGGACACGGGAAGAGAAUGUGGGUUGAAUGAACCGGGAGAGAUAUGGGCGCGAGGCCCCCAGGUUGUCAUGGGCUAUCUUAACAAUCCGAAAGCCACGAGGGAGACGUUUGAUACGGAUGGGUUUUUGCAUACCGGCGACAUUGGCAGUAUCGAUGAAGAAGGGUUGAUUACAAUCACAGAUCGGUUGAAGGAGAUGAUCAAGGUAAAAGGAAUCGGUGUAGCCCCCGCCGAACUUGAAGAUCUUCUCCUCGGACAUGACGAUGUCGAAGAUGUCGCUGUGCUCGGAAUUGCGGAUGAUUACUCGGGCGAGCGCCCCAAAGCCUACAUCGUCCUCAAAGCAUCCAAGAGAUCUGGCGACCUGCAGGCAACAGGCAAAAAGCUCAUCAAAUACGUGCAGGACAAGAAGGUGCGGCAUAAAUGGGUAACCGAGAUCGAGUUCGUCGACGAGAUCCCAAAGAGCCCGAGCGGAAAGAUCCUCAGGAGAAUGUUACGGGACAUGGCCAAGAGCGGGAAGAAAGGUGUCGUCGUUAGAGACGAGAGAGAAAGAGCAAGGCUGUAA